AUGAGUAACAACCGUACGUCGUCCAAAGAAAAAGAUCCAGUAGUGUUGAGUUACGAGAAUUUUCUCCUUCACGAAUCCGACGUCCGUCUGCUCGUCGACGACCAAUGGCUGAACGAUUCCGUCAUCGGUUUCUACAUGGAAUACCUGAACACCGAAGUGUUCAAGAACAAUCCCAAGGUGUAUUUCAUUAGCCCGGAAAUCGUGCAAUGCAUAAAGGAGUGCAACGUAGACGACAUCGCCGUGUUCCUCGACCCACUGGUCAAAGGUAAAAACUAUUCGUACAUCUUCUUCCCGCUGAACGAUCAGGAACAAUUGCAAACGGUCGGCGGUACUCACUGGUCGCUGGUAGUGUACGGGGCGCAAGACAGACGUCUCUUCCACAUGGAUUCGAUAUUUGAUUCCAAUGAGAAACAGGCGAGAAAAUUGGCAUUAAAGCUGAAAUUUUAUUUUAAAGACAUUGUAGACAUCAUCACUCCGUUGGCGACCAGACAGCAACAGAAUAGCUACGACUGUGGAAUACACCUUAUAUGCAAUGCAGAAAACGUUGCACAAUACGUCUGCGCAAAUUUAGACAUACGCGAAGUAGAUCCAGUCGAUGUGGAAGAUCUUCAAAAUAAACGUACUAACUUAGUCGAUCUGAUUUACAAAUUGGCAAGAAGAAAAGAAAUUACAUAG